AAAUUACGAAAAUACCUCAUGUCACGCCUGAACCCACCACAGCACAGGCCGUAUGUUGUUUAUAACGUUGAGUAGGACAUUAUUGACUCAAGUACGGGAGAGAUCAAAGGUCUAUCUGACGAGGCUCCCAUACGCAACCAUGCCUUGGAUAUGUUGUAAUGGACGUGUACAUGUUGACUUGGGUAAUGGGGCCAGCAAUAAUUCUGAUUCCUGGAAAACUGCAUCCUCUAUUUAUGAGUUCACUUGUAAAGACAUAGAUGGCAAUGAGGUAUCUCUGGAAAAAUACAGAGGCCAUGUUGUUCUCAUCGUAAAUGUGGCCAGUAAAUGAGGUUUCACAGACAAGAACUACACUCAGCUACAAGAAUUGCACGCACAGUAUGCUGAGAGUAAGGGCUUGCGGAUCCUUGGAUUUCCCUGUAACCAGUUUGGUGGACAGGAGCCAGGGACGAAUGAAGAGAUAAAAGCUUUUGCAACAGAUAAAUAUAAAGUGGAGUUCGACAUGUUUGCCAAGAUUGAUGUGAAUAGCAGCAAUGCUAUUCCCCUGUACAACUACCUGAAAAAGAAGCAAAGUGGAACUUUUGGAAAUUUUAUCAAGUGGAACUUCUCUAAGUUCCUAGUCAACAAAGAAGGAAUCCCUGUGAAGCGGUAUGCCCCCAAUGACGAACCAAAUAAAGUUGCAAAGGACUUUGAAAAGUAUUGGUAGAAAUGACACAUGAAUAAAUUUAUAAAAAACUUUAGUUUACGUUGAUGGCCCUGUGUCUUUGAGGCUCCUACAAGAACACUUUUGGAAAAAAAAAAAUGGUUGUGAGGUAUUAAGUAUGUAUCUCUGUCAACACUUCAAAAAGAACUGGUGAAAAGCAAUGAAAUAUAAUGUUAUUUUUAAAUAGACAAUUGUCUCAUUGUUGUGAUGUAAAAUAAGGAACCUGAACUUCCUUAGUGAGACCCAUUGUCACUGUACGAGAUUCUCAUGACCCUACUUUUUGACUGUUAAGGUCAUCUCUAUGGUAACUCAGACCGUAUGACGACUUCUUCUGAAACUGUUUACAGCGGGAGAGGUCUGAGCUUAUUAAGCGUGCACCCCUGUCUGGUUGUUGCCAUGGACGUGUCCACCAUAUUGAAAGGUCAAGGUCAUGAGAUGACGUUGUGGUGAACCCUGUGUCACUAUAAGGUCACCUGUUAAGCUUGCAUUUUUAUUUGAGUUUUAUGCUUAGUUACUGUACAUUUGGUGAAUCAUUUGUGAUUGUCUUUUUGUGAUACUGCCUAGUCUGAUAUAUCGUGGCAUAUUCAAUCAAUUAUCCGAUGUUUACAUUAUUAUUAUAUUUGAUACACUGUUACUAUAUAUGCUCUAUAUCCCCUUCUAUAAUUUUAUUGUAUCGCUUCCAUAGUUUUGUAAAAGCAGAUGUCGUGCAUUCCAUAGCUGUCCGCUUGUAAAUCUUGCAGUUAGUCCCAUCCUGUAUUAAUACAGGUGUUUCCACGAGACUUUUACUUCUAUAUAUAUUUACUUACAGCAUAUAUAUAUAUGUUUUAUAUAAGUCACAUAUCAAGGGAGCUGUUUAUUUCAGUACCUGGUGAAAAAGUUGCCAAAAAAAGCUAUCUGAACACAUACCUCCUCAUUUGAUUUCCUGUGGUAUGUUUAGUAUUUCUCAUUGAACAAAAAACUUGAAAGAUGAAUCGAGGAAACAUUUCUACUUACAGUAUUCUUUUUUGUCACCUUUCUCAUGUUUUAUUUUGUUAAUGAAAGAGAAAUAAACGGUACAAAUC